GAUCAGCCAAUCGGAGCGUGAGGCCCUUCUGGCUGACGCGGCGGGAUCCAGCGUGCUUUGGCGGUGGGCUUCCGCCGGUUCUCGAUAACGGAGAGCGAUGCUGAAAGCCAAGAUUCUCUUCGUGGGGCCCUGCGAGUUCCAGGAGAUGUGACAGCUCAGGCACUCAACAUGCACAGACUGGACAUAAUGGUACAUGUCUAAUUCCAGCACUGAGAAGGCAGAGACAGAGUGGCAAAACAGUGUUGGCCAACUUUCUGACUGAAUCUUCAGACAUCACUGAAUACAACCCAACCCAAGGUGUGAGGAUCCUAGAGUUUGAGAACCCACAUGUCACCAGCAACAACAAAGGCACGGGCUGUGAAUUUGAGCUCUGGGACUGCGGUGGCGACUCAAAGUUUGAGUCCUGCUGGCCAGCCCUUAUGAAGGAUGCCCAUGGAGUGGUGAUUGUCUUUAAUGCUGAUAUCCCAAGCCACCUAAAGGAAAUCGAAAUGUGGUAUUCUUGCUUUGUCCAGCAGCAGUUCCUCCAAGACAGUCACUGCAUGCUCGUGGCCCACCACAAACCAGGCUCUGGAGGUGACAAGGGCAGCCUGGCUUUGUCUCCCCCCUUGAACAAGCUGAAGCUGGUGCACUCAAACCUGGAGGAAGACCCCGAGGAGGUCCGAGUGGAAUUCAUCAAGUAUUUAAAAAGCAUCAUCAACUCCAUGUCGGAGAGCAGAGACCGCGAGGAGACGCUCAUCAUCACUUAGUGCCCUGAGCCCCCGCCCCCGACGAUGCUGACACCCCACCCAGCUGCUGACACGCCCUUCCCCCUGUGGCUAUAGACGCGUUCCUUAUCUGCUAGAAGGUGCCAGUAAGAGUCAGGCAUGGGGCACAGGCCUGUGAUCCCAGCUCGUGGGAGGCUGAGGUAAGAGGGCUGAGAAUUCAAGGCCAGCCUGGGCUACAGAUGAAGCCCUUAUUGCAACCCCUCUCCAGAAACAAGAAGCUGCCCCGCCUCUCUGUCUCAGCUGUCACACCAUAAACACAUCCUUCCAGCAACCUUCUUGGUGCUGUUUUCAGGUCGAGCUGUUUUUGGUGGUUAAGGGAAUGAAAUGGCCGGGAGCGGAGAGAUGAUGUGAUCUCUGAUGUCCCUGAGAGCAAAAAGGAUGCGGUGUUUCUUACAGAGAACCCAGCGAGAGCUGCUGCUUCCGGACUUGACAGCAGUGCUGUGUGCUAUAAGGGAAUCAACAGCAGGGACCAGUGAGAUGGCUCAGUGGAUGAGCGCGCUUGCCGCCAAGCCUUACAACCUGAGUUCAAUCCCCAGAUCCCACUUAAAGGUGGAAGGAGAGCUCCGCCCCAUUCAACCCGCCCCCCCCCCACACACACACACAACACAAUCGCACUAUAUAGAACUUUAAAAAGGAAUGGGCUGGAAAGACGGGUUGGUGGUUAGGAGCACUUGUUGCUAGUGCUGAGGACCUGAGUUUGGAUCCCACAUUGGGCAGCUAUGCCUAUAACUCUAGCUCCAGGAGAUCCAGCCUUUUUCUGGUCCCCACGGGCACACACACACACACACACACACACAGAGCAUACACUCUCUCACACACACACACUCACACAGACUGUGUUAGCUACUUUUCCACCGCUGUGAUAACACACCAUGACCAGGGCAAUUCUAAGAAGAGUUUAUGUGGCCUUCAGGUUCCAGAGAGAUAGUAGUCCGUCAGGACAGGGAGGCGUGGCAGCAGGAACAGGAAACGGAGGCUCAUAUCGAACUAUAGACAUACAUCAGAGAGCAGACAGUGAGUGGGCCCCCAAACCCACCUCUAGAGACGUAGUUCCUCAAGCAAGGCCACACCCCCUAGAAUUCCCAAACAGUUCCACCAACUAGGAGGCAAGUAUUCAAAUGCCCAAGGCUAUGAGGGACAUCUCUUUCAGAACACCACACAAACACAAAUAUACACAAAUAAGUCUUUUUUUAAGGGAGGGGCUCAGCAAAGGACUGGGCCAGUUGUGUGGCUUCACAGUAGGACAUGUGCUUGUAUCCCCCAGCGAGGAACUGGGGGUGCCUGGUUAGAAAUGGAUCACUGUUUAGCAUGUAGGAGACCUUCAGUUCCAUUUCUAGAAAAAGAAAAAAAUCAACAAUACAAAGUGUCUUUUUAAAGAAAUACAAGGGGUUAGGGAGAUGGCUCAGUUGGUAGAGCACUUGACUUGCAAGCAUGAGGACCCAAGUUCAAUCCCCUAACCGAGUGUAAAGAUGCUGGGCAUUGUAGCAUGUACUGGGGAGCCAGAGACACAGAUCCUGGGCACUGCUGGCCAGCCAACGUAUUCUGUUCUGUCAGCUUCAAGCCCAUGAGAGACCCUGUAGAAGGUGUGGGCUGAGUGAUCAAUCCACUUGCCACACGAGCAGGUGGUGAGGACUGGAUUUAGAGUCUCGGAACUCAUCAAAGUCAGGCAAGUGUGACCGCUUGCUGUAAUCCCAGUACGGGAGAAGCAAAGACAGGACCCCCCCCCCCAAGGCAAAUUGGCUGACUGGACAGUUCAAGACCCUGACUUAGUAAGUAAAGUGGAUCAAGGAAGAUAUGUCAUCACCUUUGGGCUCUGAUGGCGCAUGCGCUCACACGCACUCUCUCACACACACACUGAGGCAUGUACACAGGAAGUAGAAGCAGAAGAAUAGGGACUUCAAGGCUAACCUGGGCUACACGAGACUGGAUCAUUUCUAAGCAAGCAGACGCCGUGUGCAUAAGAUCCCAGCGUUCACCGCGGUCACCAUUCUGGGUAACUUGAAGGAGUCACUCAUGUCGACAAGAAAAGGCUGGUGAGAUGGCCCAGCAGGUGAUGGCGUGUGCUGCCAAGCCUCGUGACCCGAACUUGAUCUGCAGAACCCAUGCAGUGGCAGGAAAGAGCCAACUCCUGCAAACUGUCCUCUGACCUCCACACGCACACCCCGCAGCACGCUCGCAAGUGUCCUCGGGCACACACACGGUCACAGAAAAUAAAAAUAAAGUAUGAUUCUUGCCUUGA